AUGACAGAACCAACAGAACCCAGACCAUCAAAACGAACUUUACCACCUGAUUUACAGGGAGAAGUAGAAGAUAUACAGAAAAAAGUACCAAGAACUGCAGGCCCACUAGAUUAUUUAGAUAAAAGAACAAAAAGAUGGUUAAUAGUUGGUAUCUGUCUCCAUACAAUCAUAUCUCCAGUACUGAGGACAUAUGUUGUGAAUGUUGUCACAAAACUUUGUUAUUCCCUAACAAGCCGAAACAAUAUUCAUAAACAAACGCAUGGGAAUUAUUUAAAGCGAUAUUCCAACACAGAACUCAAUUAUGCAGCAAUAAACAACAACAAAACUCACCAUGGAUGGAAUAGACCUAAAUAUGAUUACCGGGUCAAGAGUCCUGUGGAUUUAUCCCGAUUGUUUCUCCAGACACACAUGGCAUACUUCACAGCUUUCGAUGACUCGUGUGAUUCAUCUGCUCUACUUGGUAUCAUUGUUAACAUUGACAAAUUCCCAGUUGAUGUACGGUCUGAUGCUCAAAAGAUUCGAUCAGAUAUACGGAAUCCCUGGGCACAUUGUCAGUUUAGAAAAUGGACUGCUAUAAAAUAUUCAGAUACAUUCAAGCUGAUGCGAAAACUCAUUAAACACCUCAGCCUGAGUAGCAAAGAGGAACACAGAAUUUUGGGAAAGCUAAAGAGAUGGGCAAAAGUCGGUAAACAUUUUCUGAGUGAAACAAAACUUGAUUCGGAGACAGUGAAGGAAAUUUGUCAACAUUUACAUUUUCUCUGUGAAUAUAUACAGACGGCAUCGACUAAAAAAGAUAAUCAAGUCAUCAAAUUGAACAAACAAUUGAAAGAUUUACAAAAUGGUGUACAGGAACAUGGAAAAAAGAUAGAUAAUUUAGAAAAUAUAAUGAAGAAUGAAUCAAAAUUACCACUACAUGACCAAGAAAUAAUAGAAUGGGUGGAAGACCAAAAUACUUUUUUCGAAACCAGAGCAACACGUCACAUACUGAGAUCUCUACAAUCGAAUAACUGUAUUGUUGUGACAGGAAGCUCAGGUUGUGGAAAAUCAUCAAAUAUACAUCAUGCUGCCUUACACUUACGUGACAGUUUGGGGUAUGAGAUAAUACCAGUUUUGACAGGACCAAUAGACAUAUUAAAUUAUUAUAACAAAAACAAGAAUCAAGUAUUUGUUGUUGAUGACAUUUGGGGAAAGGAAACCAUCAAUAUGCAGACAUUGAAGACGUGGAGAGAUAAAUCAGAACAAUUUGAGAAAAUAUUUGGAAUAUCAAAAAAAGAUAUAACAACUUUAAAUGAUGGAACUGUUUCGAGUAAAAAACUUUUGAUUUCUUGCAGACUACAUAUAUACAAAGAGGUCAAAGAUCAUCAUAUCACAAAUGAAGAAUGCAAUUUGUUAUCAGAAGAGUUGUGUUUGGUAGAUGAUGAAAGAAUGUGCAUGCUGCAAAAGUACAUUUCAAAUGACGUAAUUACCAAAUUGAAUCAAGAACAAGUCAUGGAUAACGUUGAUUUCUUCCCCUUGCUUUGUAAGUUGUCAAGAGGCAAAACACUAGAAGAAUUAAAAGCACAUUUUACCGCGCCCUUGGGUAGUAUCAAAAGGAGCAUAAGCACCAUUACUGAGGAAAACAAAUUUCAAUUAUGUGCUUUAACUCUGUGUGUUUUAUUUGAGGGUGGAUUCGAUAUAGAUUUGCUAACAUCGAGGUCACCUUCAAGGAAGAAGGACAAGCUAAUAUACAUUACAAACGAAUUAGACAUAAAGUUAAGUCAAGAAACACAUAGUAAUGCAUUAAAAUUAGGUUUUUUUACGUUAAAUAGCACCUAUAUAAAACUGAGAGGCACAAUGUAUAGAAUUAUACAUGACAAAAUUUUUAAGUUGGCAGCUGUUAUCUGUGGACAGCAUCUCACAGAAUGUUUUAUCAAAUAUGCCCCUUCCGUGUUGAUUCGAGAUCGUUUCAUCUUUGAAUCUCUAGCAGAAGUCCAUAGUAAUGAUGAUUCAAUUGUACUUUUGAAAACCCAAGAAGAAGAUUAUUUUGAAAGACUGGUAUGUGACUUAAAACAUGAUAACAUUACAAGUACAUUCAAUAAUAACCAAUUGGUUUAUCAGUUAUUCAUUAACGAGUUAAUAAUGUUUUUUAGCAGAAGUGAUGAUGCAAAAUCAGUCUUGAAGAAUCUCGAUACAAAAAAGUGCGUUAUAGAAAAGAAACAUUUGCCUUUGUUGUUUAAGACAACACCUUUAAUAGAAUCAGCUUCAAGAGGAUACUUUAGCAUUGUUCAGUUUAUGAUUGAUAAUAUCAAAUGUAACGUAAAAAGUACAGACAGUCGAGGUAGGUCACCUUUGCAUAAAGCUUCUCAAAAAGGACAUUCAAAUGUAGUUAAACUGCUAUUAGGAAAUAAAGCUGAUACCUUGCAGUGUGACAUAUGGGGAAAGUCACCAUUUCAUUUAGCCUGUGAAGGAGGAUAUACAGACACAGUAAAACUGUUACUGCAGUACAAUGCUGAUGUCUUUCAGUGUGACAAAGAUAAACGGUCUCCAUUGCAUGUGUCAUGUAAAGGAGGGCAUACGGAUACAGCGAAACUGUUACUGCAGAAAAAUGCUGAUAUCUUUCAGUGUGACAUUUUCGAAACGUCACCAUUUUAUAUGGCCUGUAAAGGAGGAUAUACAGAGACAGUAGAACUUUUGCUACAGUACAAUGCUGAUGUCUUUCGCUGUGACACACAUCACAAGUGUCCACUACAUGUGACAUGUGAAGAAGGACAUGUGGAUAUAUUGAACCUGUUACUGCAGAACGAUGCUGAUAUCUCUCAGUGUUCUCACCCGCUAUUGCAUUUUGGCUGUAAAGGAGGGCAUAUUGAUAUAGUUAAAAUAUUACUGCAGUACAAUGCUGACGUCUUGCAGUGUGACCGUUUUGGUAAUUCUCCAUUGUUUGUUUCCUGUGAAGAAGGACAUAUAGAAAUAGUAGAACUCUUACUGCAAAACAAUGCUGACGUUACCGUCCAUGAGGAUGAUGACGAUUCUCCUUUGUAUGUGUCCUGUCAAAGAGGUUAUAUAAAAAUAGUGAAACUAUUACUGCAGAACAAUGCUGAUGUCUCUCAGUGGGGCUUAUUGGAAGAAUCUCCAUUACAUGCAGCAUGUGCUAAUGGAUAUGCAGACAUAGUGGAACUGUUACUGCAGUACAAUGCUGAUGUCUCCAUGUGCAGCUAUGAUGGCAACACUCCAUUGUUUAUGGCUGUAAUAAUAGGACAUACAGGUAUAGUGAAGCUGUUGAUAGAAAAAAAUGCUGAUCCAUCUACGUGUAACAAUGACGGUGAGUCUCCAAUGUUUGUAGCUUGUGAACGUGGAUAUCUAGAAAUAGUAGAAAUAUUUCUGAAGAACAACUGCGAUGUUUUUCAGUGGGGCUUAUUGGAAGAAUCUCCAUUACAUGCAGCAUGUGCUAAUGGACAUGCAGACAUUGUCAACAUGUUACUGCGGUACAAUGCGGAUCCCUCUCUGUGUAACAAAUAUGGAGAAACUCCAUUAUAUGUGGCCUGUAAAAAUGAAAGUAUAGAAAUUGUCAGACUUUUACUUAAAAACAAUCCUGAUGCCUCUCAGUUUAUCAACGAUCAAAAUGAACGUAUCAUAGAUACCAAGAUUGAGAUUUUAUAUUCACGCCAGACACGCCUUUCAUCUACAAAACUGUCUCCUAUAUUUGUGGCCUGUCAGCAAAAAAAAACACCAGAUAUUGCCAAACUGUUGGUACAGCAUAGAGCUGUUAUAUCUCGGUGUAACAAUAAUGAAGAAUCGCCGUUGUUUGUGGCCUGUCAAAAAUGCAAUAUAGAUAUUGUCAAACUGUUAUUGCAGUACGAUGCCGAUGUUUCUCAUUGUAAUAAUGAUGGCGAGUCUCCAUUGUACAAAGCCUGUGAAGGGGGGUCUACAGAUCUAGUAGCAUUGUUACUACUGAACCAAGCUGAUCCAUCUCGUUUUAGCAAUAAUGGAACAUCACCAUUGUUUGUGGCAUGUCAAGAAGACAAUAUAGAUAUUGUCGAACUGUUAUUGCAGUACGAUGUCGAUAUAUCCCAUUGUAACAAUAAUGGUGAGUCUCCGUUGUACAUAGCCUGUGAAGGGGGAUCUACAGAUCUAGUAAAAUUGUUACUACAGAACAAAGCUGACAUAUCUCACUGUAAUACAAAUAGCCAGUCGUCAUUGUAUGUAGCUUGUAAAGAAAGUCAUGUAGAAAUUGUGAAAUACUUACUUGAAAACAAGGCUGAUAUAUCCCAGUGUGAAAAAAAAGAUGGACGGUCACCUUUACAUGUUGCGUGUGAUAUCGAUUUAUCUGACGCCUUUCAAUUCAUCGAUAAAGACAGCCGUAUUGAAAUUGUAAAACUAUUACUUGCAUGGAAUGCAGAUGCUAGUAUAUGUGAUAAGAAUGGUCAGACUUCAUUUGAUAUUGCUCGAAAGUCACAGUGUGAAGAAAUUAUUUCAGAGGAUGUUCAAGGCGUUGUUCAAACAUUUGACCAAUCUGAAACUAUGUUGAAAUGCCAGUCAAAGAGAGUGCCUCUUUUACCAGAGAGUUAUUCAAAUCUUCCACCAGCUGUACUAAGAUCCAGCAAACCAAAUAUCCCAUUAGUUGAAGGAGAACUUUUAAUUGACAUGUCCUUAGUUCCAGCUGCAUCAAAAGAGGAAUUCAAAUGGCUGAACAGCUGUGGAUAG